AUGCCCGAGAAUCUAUGGUUACAGGUGGGCGGAGACUUCCAACAAUCCAGAGAUGGGCGCAUAGCUGCAGGACCUAGGCUGGACAGGGCUCCUGGAAGCGUCAGGCUGACAUCUCAUCACCAGGUCGAUGACCUCAAUCGCCGAUUCACCUUUCCCUCCAAUCAUUUCGACCUUGUUCAUUCAAGGCUUCUUGCAACCGGCAUCAACAGGGCCAGGUGGCCGUCGUACCUCGCAGACAUCAAAAGGGUCUUAAAGCCAGGCGGAUGGGUACAAUUGGUCGAAAUAUACUUCAACGUUCAAUCGGACAACGGCUCGAUCACCGAGGAACAUGCUCUGAGACGAUGGAGCACACAGUUCCUGAGAUCAUACGAAGGAACAAAGGAUGUGCGUAUAGGAACACGGUUGAACAAUCUUCUUCGGGACAGAGGUUUCGAAGAUAUUGACGCGAGAAUGAUUCCUCUUCCUCUUUCGGCGUGGUCCAAUGACCCUAGAAUGCAAGCAAUUGGCAUGCUUAACCGAGAGAACAUUAAUAACCUCCUUCCAUCAUUGGCACUGUACCCAUUGACUCAGAUUUCCGGCAUGCCUCAGCAAGAUUUCCAGGAACUCAUUACUCAAGCGCGGGAAGAAGCGGAAACAGCGAGCCUGAAGGCGUACUUUCCCUUGUAA